CGCGGGCUGUUCCGGCCCGCGCCGCCCCCCCCUCCCCGCCCGCCGCAGCGCGCCGGGCCCAAGAUGGCCGCCGUGUCAGUUUCGGGCUUCGCCGCCGUCCGGCCUUCGCCCGCCGGGGCCCGGCGCUCGCGGACCUCGGCCUAACGUUACAGUUCUUGUGAUUGUGAGUGUGCAGAUCAGAAGCUGAGAGUGCAGACGAAUGAUGUCCGAGCCCAGGGGAUUGGCUCAGCGCAGACCAGGUGCAUGCUAUGGUUAGCUGCCUCCCGGGGCUGUUUUCUCCUCGCGUGACACUCGCUCAGCACCGGGACAAAGGAUAACGACUCUAUGGAUAUACAGAAUCCUUCACCAUGGUAAAACUCGCCAACCCGCUGUACACAGAGUGGAUUUUGGAGGCAAUCAAAAAGGUAAAGAAGCAGAAACAGCGUCCUUCGGAGGAGAGGAUAUGCAAUGCAGUGUCGUCUUCUCAUGGCCUGGACCGCAAAACUGUUCUGGAGCAGUUGGAGCUGAGUGUUAAAGAUGGAACUAUUUUAAAAGUGUCCAACAAGGGUCUCAACUCCUACAAGGAUCCUGAUAAUCCUGGGAGAAUAGCACUUCCGAAGCCUCGGAAUCAUGGCAAGUUGGAUGGUAAACCAAAUGUGGACUGGAAUAAACUCAUCAAGCGGGCGAUCGAGGGCUUGGCUGAGUCCAGUGGCUCAUCCCUGAAGAACAUUGAGCGCUUUCUGAAAGGUCAGAAAGAUGUGUCUGCAUUGUUUGGGGGCAGUGCUGCCUCCAUUUUUCACCAGCAAUUACGGUUAGCUGUCAAACGUGCUGUUGGCCAUGGCAGGCUCCUCAAAGAUGGACCUCUCUACCAGCUCAACACUAAAGCAACUACGAAUGCUGAUGGGAAGGAGAGCUUUGAGUCUCUUUCCUGUCUCCCUCCAGUGUGUCUCCUUCCCCAUGAAAAGGAUAAGCCUGUUGCUGAACCAAUUCCAAUUUGCAGUUUCUGCCUUGGUACAAAAGAGCAAAAUCGGGAGAAGAAGCCUGAAGAGCUCAUCUCUUGUGCUGACUGUGGCAACAGUGGUCAUCCGUCCUGCCUGAAGUUCUCCCCGGAGCUGACGGUGCGGGUGAAGGCCCUGCGGUGGCAGUGCAUCGAGUGCAAGACCUGCAGCUCCUGUCGAGACCAGGGCAAGAAUGCUGAUAACAUGCUCUUUUGUGACUCCUGUGACCGUGGCUUUCACAUGGAAUGCUGCGAUCCUCCGCUCACCAGGAUGCCAAAAGGUAUGUGGAUAUGUCAGAUCUGUCGGCCCCGGAAGAAGGGAAGGAAGCUGUUACAGAAGAAGGCAGCCCAGAUCAAGAGGCGCUACGCCAACCCCAUCGGACGGCCCAAGAACAGGCUAAAGAAUCAAAACACAGCGUCAAAAGGCCCCUUCAGCAAAGUGCGCGCGGGGCCCGGUCGGGGCCGGAAGCGCAAGAUCGCUCUGUCCGGCCAGUCAGCGGGGGCAGAAGGGGGAUACCUGGAGCAGACAGAUGUCCUGGACUUCUGCAGAGAUGGCAGCAACACCCUGAAGUUCAACAAGAAAACCAAAGGGCUCAUAGAUGGCCUUACUAAAUUCUUCACUCCCUCCCCCGACGGCCGGAAAGCUCGAGGGGAGGUGGUCCACUAUUCUCAGCAGUACAGGAUCAGGAAAAAGGGUACCAGGAAAUCUAGCACUUCAGAAUGGCCCACAGACAAUCAGGAUGGCUGGGAUGGAAAACAAGAAAAUGAGGACCGUUUUUUUGGGAGCCAGGAUGUCUUAAAUGAAAAAGACAUGGAGUUGUUCAGAGAUAUUCAGGAACAAGCACUGCAGAAAGUAGGGGUGACUGGGCCUCCCGACCCACAGGUCCGCUGCCCUUCUGUCAUUGAGUUUGGCAAAUAUGAGAUCCAGACCUGGUAUUCCUCCCCAUAUCCCCAGGAGUACUCGAGGCUACCUAAGUUGUACCUUUGUGAAUUCUGUCUAAAGUAUAUGAAAAGCAGAACUAUUCUCCAACAGCAUAUGAAAAAGUGUGGCUGGUUUCAUCCUCCAGCCAAUGAAAUUUACAGGAAAAACAAUAUUUCAGUCUUUGAGGUUGAUGGCAAUGUCAGCACUAUCUACUGCCAGAAUCUGUGCUUGUUAGCCAAGCUCUUCCUGGACCACAAGACUCUCUAUUACGACGUGGAGCCAUUUCUUUUCUACGUGCUGACACAGAACGAUGUCAAGGGCUGUCACCUUGUUGGCUACUUUUCCAAGGAAAAGCACUGCCAACAGAAGUACAAUGUUUCCUGUAUAAUGAUUCUUCCACAAUACCAGCGUAAGGGCUAUGGCAGGUUCCUCAUCGACUUCAGCUAUUUGCUUUCAAAGCGUGAGGGUCAGGCAGGAUCCCCAGAGAAGCCCCUGUCAGACCUGGGGCGCCUCUCAUACAUGGCUUACUGGAAAAGUGUCAUAUUGGAGUGCCUUUAUCAUCAACGUGACAAGCAAUUAAGCAUCAAGAAACUGAGCAAGCUGACUGGGAUCUGCCCCCAAGACAUCACUUCCACCCUCCAUCACCUGCGAAUGCUCGACUUCCGCAGUGACCAGUUUGUGAUCGUGCGCCGGGAGAAGCUGAUCCAGGAGCACAUGGCCAAGCUCCGAACCAACGUCCGGCCCAUCGACGUGGACGCCGAGUGUCUGCGCUGGACGCCCGUCAUCGUCUCCAACUCCGUGGUCUCUGAGGACGAAGAGGAGGAAACAGAGGAUGGGGAAAAUGAGGAGCAACAACAGCAGAAAGAAAAGGAUCCAGAGACCAGUAUGGUAAAAUCCGUGUCAUGGGAGAAGAAGGAGCAGGAGCCUUACUCACCUACAGAGAGCGAAAAAAAGCCAGACAUCGUCGCUCCGGCCAAUUCCGCGCGACCAGACAAGCACAUGUUCCCCCUGGACAGUCUUCCUGCCAACAGCCAGCCCUCCCGGAGGGGGCGAUGGAACCGCAAGAGCAAAAAGCUGCGCGAGCCCUUCUGUGAGAAGGAGCCGGCCCUGCCCGGGGAGGACAAGGCGGCCGUGCCCAGCGGGAGGUGCAGCGAGUGCGAGGAGAAGUCGGCAGCCUCACGGGGCCGCUGCAGCGACUGCGAGGAGAAGUCGGCGGCCCUGCAAGGGAGGUGUGGGGAGUGUGAGGAGAAGUCUCCGGCCUUGAGAGGCCGCUAUGCUGAGGAUGAGGAGAAAUCCCCGGGUUCCCAGGGACAGUACGGCAAAGGGGAGAAGGCCGCGGUUCCCCGCCGGCGGCACAGCGAGGGCAUGGAGAGGUGGAGGGGGCAGCUGAAGAAGAACACGGAGCCCCCCAAGUGUCGAUUCCCAGAGGACUGUGACAGGUUACCCCGGCGCUACAGCGACAGCGACAGGGCACUGCUGAGGUGUUUCAGCGAGAGCAGUGAAGAGGAGGACGACGAGCCCGUGAGCCCCCGGUCAAGCUCUCCACCCGUCCUCACCAAGCCAACGUUGAAACGGAAGAAGCCCAUCCUGCACCGGAAGAGGCGGGUCCGCAAGCGCAAGCACCACAACAGCAGCGUGGUCACCGAGACCAUCUCCGAGACCACCGAGGUGCUGGAUGAGCCCUUCGAGGACUCCGACUCCGAGCGGCCGAUGCCCCGGUUAGAGCCCACCUUUGAGAUUGAGGAGGAGGAGGAGGAGGAGGAGGACGAAGAGGAGGAGAGUGAACUUCUGUCCAGUGGAUACUUUCGGCACUUAGCCCCAGCAGACACGCUCAGGCACAGACCCUCUUCCAAGAGGAAGUCCAAAGACGAGGAGGAGUCUGAUGACAACACUGGUACCCCACCUCUGAAACCGUUGUCUAUGCUGAGGAAAUGCGAAGCAAAGGAUUCUUCACUGGAGCCAGAUACUUCCACACCCCUGAAAAAGAAGAAGGGAUGGCCAAAAGGGAAAAGCCGAAAACCAGUCCACUGGAAGAAAAGACCUGGUCGAAAACCAGGUUUUAAACUGACCCAGGAAGAGGUGCCACCACCAGUUCAGGAUGAAGGAGCUGAUGAAGCAGCAGCUAAUUCAAAACCGGGGCGUAAGCCCAAAAUUUCAGAUAAAGAAGAAUGUGUUGAGCAGAAAGAAGACCUGCCUCUCCUUGAGGAAAGGAAAGAGGAAGAUGUGAACAUGGAAGCAGAAGAGGUAGGAGAGGGAGAAGAGGAAGAUAUAGCCAGCAAUGAAGUAAGAGCAGUUUCUCCUGUGGACAGCAACAGCAGUCCAGUGCCAGAAGUAAAAGAGCCUGAGAUAGAAGAGGAGGUAGAGGAGAAGCCACGGGUUUUAGAAGAGCAGAGGCAAUCAGAAGAAGAGCAGCAAGAACUCGAUGAACCUGAGCACGACCAUGAGGAAGAGGAGGAGGUUGCAGUAGUGACAAAUGAAAAUGAAGAUCACGACGCUGACGACGAAGAUGAUGGUCAUCUGGAGUCAGUGAAGAAAAAAGAAUUGGAGGAACAGCCUGUUAGAGAAGGGGUCAAGGAAGAGCCUCAGGGGCAAGAAUGUUUUUUAGAAACAAGCAUACCAAGCAGUAGAGAAGAUGCAAAAGAAAAGGAUGAAGCAGAGGCAGAUUCUGAGGAAGAGCAGGCUUCCAACGAGACAUCGGUGGGCUCAGAGCACGUCCCUGGGUCUGAGGAUGAUCACGAAGAAGAACAAAGUAAUAAAGAAGGGUUAAUUGAAUUAAAGGAAGAGAUUCCUCAUAGUGAACUAGAUCUUGAAACUGUUCAAGCAGUCCAGUCCUUGACACAGGAGGAAAGCAAUGAGCAUGAUGUAGCUUACCAGGACUGUGAGGAAACUCUUGCAGCUUGUCAGACUUUGCAGAGUUACACCCAGACUGAGGAGGACCCUCAGAUAUCAAUGGUUGAAGACUGCCAGGCCUCAGAACACAACAGUCCAAUAUCCUCCGUUCAGUCCCACCCCAGCCAGUCUGUGCGUUCUGUCAGCAGCCCAAACGUGCCUGCUCUGGAGAGCAGCUACACCCAGAUCAGUCCUGAGCAAGGAUCCCUGUCCGCUCCCUCUAUGCAGAACAUGGAGACCAGCCCCAUGAUGGAUGUGCCUUCAGUAUCGGACCACUCCCAGCAGGUGGUGGAUAGUGGCUUCAGUGACCUUGGCAGCAUUGAGAGCACUACAGAGAAUUAUGAAAACCCCAGCAGCUACGACUCCACUAUGGGAGGCAGCAUUUGUGGAAAUAACUCUUCCCAGAGCAGCUGUUCCUACGGAGGACUGUCUUCUUCCAGCAGCCUCACUCAGAACAGUUGUGUUGUCACUCAGCAAAUGGCAAACAUUGGCAGCAGUUGCAGCAUGAUGCAGCAAAACACUGUCCAGCCUGCAGCAAACUGUAAUAUCAAGUCACCUCAGAGCUGUGUGGUGGAAAGGCCCCCGAGUAACCAGCAACCAACGACACAGCCCCAGCAGCAGCAGCCUCAGUCCCAGCAGCCCCAGCCCCCCCCUCCGCCCCAGCAGCAGCCGCCGCUGUCCCAGUGUAGCAUGAACAACAGCUUCACCCCGGCCCCCAUGAUCAUGGAGAUCCCCGAGUCGGGCAGCACCGGGAACAUCAGCAUCUACGAGAGGAUCCCGGGGGAUUUCGGCGCCGGGAGCUAUUCCCAGCCCUCGGCCACGUUCAGCUUAGCCAAGCUGCAGCAGCUGACCAACACCAUAAUGGACCCCCACGCCAUGCCUUAUAGCCAUUCUCCUGCCGUGACCUCCUAUGCAACCAGCGUCUCUCUGUCCAACACGGGGCUGGCCCAGCUGGCCCCCUCCCACCCCCUGGCCGGCGCCCCGCAAGCACAAGCCACCAUGACCCCCCCGCCCAACCUGGCCUCCACCACCAUGAACCUCACGUCGCCGCUGCUGCAGUGCAACAUGUCGGCCACCAACAUCGGGCUGCCGCACGCGCAGCGCCUGCAGGGCCAGAUGCCCGUCAAGGGGCACAUCUCCAUCCGCUCCAAGUCGGCGCCGCUGCCCUCGGCGCCCGCGCACCAGCAGCAGCUGUACGGGCGCAGCCCCCCGGCCGUGGCCAUGCAGGCGGGGCCGCGCGCCCUGGCCGUGCAGCGCGGCAUGAACAUGGGGGUCAACCUGAUGCCCACCGCCCCCUACAACGUGAACUCCAUGAACAUGAACACCCUGAACGCCAUGAACAGCUACCGCAUGACGCAGCCCAUGAUGAACAGCAGUUACCAUAGCAACCCUGCCUACAUGAACCAGACAGCACAGUAUCCUAUGCAGAUGCAGAUGGGAAUGAUGGGGAGCCAGGCCUAUACCCAGCAGCCUAUGCAGCCAAACCCUCACGGGAACAUGAUGUACACUGGCCCCUCCCAUCACAGCUACAUGAACGCUGCCGGGGUGCCCAAGCAGUCCCUCAAUGGACCAUACAUGAGAAGAUGAGCAAGAUGAACUUGCGUCCUAAAAACUGAAAUAUAUAUAAAUAAAGGAACCUUUUAUACUGACAAACCAGAGAAAAUGGACCUUUUUCCAGUUAAAAUAUUGCUGUAGAUUUAGAGGGAUUUUCUUUGGUUUAUUUUAUUUUUUAGGAAGCCUGGUCUUUAUUUUUUUGAUUUUUUUUGUUUGUUUAUUUGUUUGUUUUUGUUUUCUUCACAAUCCUCAAACAUUUUACAGCUAAAAUCAUUUACAGAUGUUUUUUAGAGAGGAAAACAUGCACAAAAUCUUUUCAUAAUUUAAAAAGAGCCUUACUUUGCUGACAAAGUGGACAGACUAUGUGUAACAGUGAAAUCAUGUUCCUAAAUUUUUUAAAAAAUGUAUGUCCUUCUCCCUCCCCUGUGCCCCUCUGUAUGCAGUUUCUAGUGCUGCAGCCAUGUAAAAUGUUCGACAUCUCAAAGAAUAACAACCCUUCCCUCUAAACCCCACUUAGCAUUUCCUACUUCUAGCAGGAGGCACUUAUUGGGAGACUUGGAAGGGGACACAGAGGAUAAAUGAAGAUCUUUAUUUCUGCAAGUCAGGAAAAAAUUUUAAUCUUGUAUUUUCCCUGACUCCCUCACCCUCAGUAAAAUUUGGAGUUAGGUGUAAACAAUAAACUAUUCACCUUGGUGUUUUUGUAGAUGAGUUAAUUGAAAUUGUAUGUUCAUGCUGAAAAUAUAAUGUAACUUUAAAGUGAUCCCAUUCACCACCCAGACACGCAGGUGGACACACGUGUGCAGGAAUGCACAGCCGUGGACACACGUGUGCAGGAAUGCACAGCCGUGGACACACGUGUGCAGGAAUGCACACACGUGCUGGCACGGGACUGCUGGAAGCACCUCAGGAGAGAACUUGGCUGUGUCCCCCUGCGUGGGGGACGGGGGGCGAUGUCUGCGGGGACAAGGACCUGUGGGGACCUGGAGUCAGCCCCAAACUGCUCUGGUAUGUCCCUGGAAGUGCUGAGGGGCUUGGUUCUGAGCCUGGGGGUCGGGCUGAGCUCGGGAGCAGCUGUUUCCAGUUCCCUCCUGGCUCGGGAAGUGCUGGAGCCCGAAGUGUUUGGGGGCUGGGGCGGGAGCCCUGCGGGGUCCUCGUCCCUCUUCCCUCUCUGCUCGGGGUAGGAAGUUGCUGCAUGUGCCACUCUCGGGGGGAGUCGGUGAUGUGCUCCCUGAUUCUCCCCCCGUGUUUGAUGCCCAUUUUAUAGGAAUAGCCCCACGUUUGAUCUAGUGUGGGCAAAGAAGGGAAUCGGCCUGUCUGACAGCAGUGAAACCGUCCCAGCACCGGAGCAGGAUGGAGGAUUUUGCUGUUUGUUGCUGCAUAAUCCAAUUUACAUUCUUUUUGGCUACACUGCUGGCACGUCACCCAGUACAAAAAGGGACACCCUUUAAUGUAAAGUUCUUUUUUUAUUGUAUAUGAAGUAGAGAUACAGACACAUUAAUAAGACUAAUUUCUUUUGUUUUUAAACCAAAAGAGUCUAAAAGAAAGUUGGGGUUUUUUCAGAUGCACUAAAAUGGACUUUUCCUCCAGUAACUGCUAACCAUAAAAGGCAGAAUUCAAAGGACUUCCACUUUUUAUUUCUGUUUAAUUUUGAGCAUGUACAAGGCUGUGUAGGACCCCGUUUCUCUGUAUAUACUAUUCCAGUUCCAAAUAACCCGUGUAGAAAGCGCACUGUGCUGCCCUCUCUUCCUUGAUCUUCAGCUGUGUCGCUGCUUCCUGGGGGUGGGGGUGGGUCUGAGACAGGAGGAGAAGCUGUUGAAAUGAGGGCCGUGAAUUUAGUUUGUUUGCUGUUAUGUUUGGUUUGGUUUUGUAUGGGUUUUUUUAUCAAUUGGGCAGCUCCCUUUUCCACAAGCCUUUGUGACUGUAGAACUAUUGUAGAAAAAAAAAGUUCUUUUCUAUAUAUAAAAAGAAAUUAUCCAACGCAGUAAUAUUGGUACCUACCAUUUUUUCACUUCUGUUUAAAAAAAAAAUGUAUUUUUAGCAAGAUAACUUGGGUAAUCUUCUAAAAGAAAUUAAAAAAAAAAAUCUCACAGUUAGUGACUUUGAUGCCUUUUAAAAAUAAGAGCUUUUUCAUUUCAUUCCAUCUUUAAAAUUUUUUAUCUUUGUUGUAGAAUAUUAAAAACUAUUUUAAGAAAGAUAAAAUUCUCUUUAAAGAGAUCUCUAGAGUGUGUGAAUAGGAGCUCCAGAUGCCUCUAAAAGCCGCAUGUACAAAUGAAGCUGAGUCUAUUCCUGUCUGUUUAUAUUUGCUUUUCCUGUUUUGUAACCUCUUUGUACUUUGUUCAUGGUGACUUGUAAGCUAAGGGGAAGGGGGUGCCUAGAUGCCUUUGUAAUUCUCCAUGUCAUACGCUCCUGGCUGGAUGGUCUCCCUUCCUCUCCUUGUAUGUAAUAUCACUUUUUUUUCCCCUUUCUAGCAAGUACUUUCAAAAGAACUCUGUACAUUUUAACAUAAAAAAUAAAUUAUGUUGAGCCAUUUUGGA